AUGACGGCCACCUUCUCCGUGGACCUUCCCACGAUCAUCUGCCUCCUUUUCGCCCUCUCAUUCAUGCCAGCCGCAUACUUCCUCACAAACCACUACCUCCCCAAAGCCAACAGCCGCGAACGAUUCCUCUUCGCCUGGCACACCUACGAUGCCCUAACCCACAUCUUCAUUGAAGGGUCAUUCCUCUGGGAAUGCUUCACAAGCUGGGCCCCCGUCGCCGGUAUCCACAGCACAGAGCCCUUCUUCCUGAACCGGCCCGAACGCAACUACGGUCCCGCCUACGGAACCGGCCCCUCUGCGCGUCUGUGGCAGGAAUACGCCAAGGCUGAUCGUCGCUGGGCCGGUGCUGAUAUUACCGUCGUGUCGUUGGAGCUCCUUACGGUGGUUCUGGGCGGCCCGGCUGCUAUCUACAUCUGUUAUCUGCUUGUGAAGGGCAAUCAUAAGACUCCGUCGGUUGCGCUUGGGACUUAUAAAGCUAAGAUGUGGUUCGCGGCUGUGGUGCUUGCGACUGCGGAGAUUUAUGGUGGGUGGAUGACUUUUGCGCCGGAGUGGUUGACUGGGUCGACACAGCUUGCGACACAUGAUUUUGUUUAUAAAUGGUUGUAUCUUGUUUUCUUCAAUGGGCUUUGGGUUGUCAUUCCCCUUUGGGUUUUGUGGCAGGCAUGGUAUGAGACUAUGGAUGCUUUUGUCAACACGCAAGUUCUUGCGAGUCAGAAGAGGCAGCGUUAG